AUGGCCACGAAGAUGUCCGUGCGAUUGGUCCUCCUUGCGAUGUUCAUGUUCCUCAUGGACGGUGUGAAAGCGAGUGAGAACACCACCACCACGAUGGAAACUACCACGACGAUGGAUCCGAAUGCUACGAAUGACACGACCACCCAGGAUGGAGGAGCCGAUGCGUACUUCUCAGAGGAGGAGAUGAUGGCCUGGAGCGGCACGGAGGCGGUCCGGUGGAUCUUGGGGGCUGGUCACGCCUUUGAGGUCUUGGGCCUUCGCCCCAAGAAGUUUGGACAGGGCCUCUUGCGUCGGCGCUUUCUCAGGCUCUCCCUCUUAACGCAUCCAGACAAAAACCCUCAUGAGGAGGCAGCUGCUGCCUUUCGCAAGCUCUCUGAGAGUAUGAGGACUCUGACCACGGAUGGAGGACAGGAAGAGCUACUGGAAAGCCUCUUCCCAUCAUCGCCGCCUCCGGAGCUCAGCUCGAGCCAGGUGCACCGCUAUGCUGGGAAGGAUGAUCUGGAUGAAGAGGAGACGCGUUCGGGAGCUGAGGACGCCGCGCAGGUGGAGCCAGAACCCAAGCGUCGCCGGAGCCUGUCUGAGAUUCUGCAGGCACAGAAGCGUCAAAGCCUGGGGCGGCCCGGGCGAGUUGAGGCCAAGCGUGUCACCAAGGCCAUGUCGAAGUGCCAGAAGUCGUGCUUUCACCAUGAAAAGCCUCAGAAACUGCUUGGUUUGAAAGGAGGAGUAGCCUCCAGAUGGAGCGCCACGCCAACCUCCAGAGUAGUGAAGGCAAGAAUCAACACCGUGAACUUCGGCGUAGCGGCGUAG